AUGCGCCACGUUGCCCACGGCGGCACGGUGCAUUGGCGGUGGGAAAACGUCCCUGGCUCCCUGCUAUGACUGGAGAAGGGAAGGCAGGUGGACAAAAGGCCUCGGUAAUAGAGGGAGGAGAAGAGGCCGGUUUUCUUUAUUUUCUCCUUCCUGUUCUUGUUUUAGUUUCUUUUUCUUGGUCAAGGAGAGAUGGCUCGAAUUCCUCUUCUCACUCCUUACAAGAUGGGUAGAUUCGAUCUCUCCCACAGGAUAGUUUUGGCACCAUUGACAAGGCAGAGGUCCUUUAGCAACGUUCCCCAGCCUCAUGCCAUCUUGUAUUACUCUCAGCGGGCCUCCAAAGGUGGCCUUCUUAUAGCUGAGGCCACAGGAGUUUCGGACACUGCUCAAGGGUACCCAAACACGCCCGGCAUUUGGACAAAAGAGCAGGUGGAAGCAUGGAGACCUAUUGUGGAUGCAGUUCAUGAGAAGGGUGGCAUCUUCUUUUGCCAGAUUUGGCAUGCGGGGAGAGUUUCAAAUUAUGAUUUUCAGCCUGAUGGGCAAGCUCCAAUCUCAUGUACCGACAAGCCACUAGCACCUCAAGUGCGAGCUAAUGGUGUUGAUGUUGCACGGUUCUCACCUCCUCGGCGGUUGGCUGCAGAAGAGAUCCCUUUGAUUGUCGAUGAUUUCAGAACUGCUGCUAAGAAUGCGAUAGAAGCUGGUUUUGAUGGAGUUGAGAUCCAUGGAGCCCAUGGAUAUUUGAUCGACCAGUUUCUGAAGGACCAAGUCAACGAUCGGACAGACCAAUAUGGUGGGAGCCUAGAGAAUCGUUGCCGCUUUGCACUAGAAAUAGUACAGGCUGUGGUUGAUGAGAUUGGACCUGACAGGGUUGGAAUAAGGCUUUCCCCCUAUGCUAACUACAUGGAAGCAGGUGAUUCUGACCCAGAUGCACUUGGUCUCUAUAUGGUCAAUUCUCUGAACAGAUUUGGGAUCUCGUAUUGCCAUAUGGUGGAACCAAGGAUGGGUAAAGUAGGAGAAAAGGUUGAAACUCCUCACUCUCUUCUUCCUAUGAGGAAAGCAUUCAAGGGAACAUUUAUUGUUGCUGGAGGCUAUAACAGAGAAGAAGGCAAUAAAGCUGUUUCUAGCGGCUAUGCUGAUCUGGUUGCAUAUGGGCGCCUAUUCUUGGCUAAUCCUGAUCUUCCUCGAAGGUUUGAGUUGGAUGGUCCACUUAAUGACUAUAACAGGAAAACUUUUUACAUUCCAGAUCCAGUUGUUGGAUAUACAGACUACCCAUUUCUUUCUUAAAUACUUGGCAUGAGGGAGAAUGGCAAAAAUGGCAUAUCUUACCAUAUGUUUGUUACUGAUUAAGGUGCUAUGACAAUAAUAAAUCAUUUGUCUUGGGCAUUCAUUGUUUCCUUAUGCAUGUUCUUAUGGAUUUUGUUGCAGUUCUGCUUAUAUGCUAUAAUAAUGAUAUACCA